UCACUAGCACGCAACAAAAGACUCACGACGUUUUGACCGAAGUCAGAUCAUCUAAACCAGAAUCAUGUUGCGCAAUACCACGUUUGCGUAAUAGCCAUGGAGAUUGGGGUUUGACGCAGAGGCGAAGCGCACCGCUGUGAGCGCAGGGAGAAGGAUCAGGGAUGGACACAAGGCUGGAGCUAUUAGGGUGCGACCUGUACUUAUCUGUAAAAGAGGAGAAAAGAAGAACAAAGGUGGAAAUGAGUGAAAGCAGCUGGCACCCAGACUUGGACACAGGUGUAACGUGAGGAAAUACGGGUGGACGGUGCAAAGGGAGCAGGCUGGGAUGGCGGUGGAAAUCUCCAAAGACCUGGUGGUUCAGGUGCUUGAAGACGUGAACGUCAUCAAGCUAACCACGAGACAACAAGUACUAUGUGCUGCUAUACGGAGAGGAGAGACCAAAUGUCUAGGGGUGACUCAGGUGAUGCUGGGGCUGAUGGUCAUGUCCUACUCCAUUCCUUUACACAUCACUGAGGCCACUGACGUAGUGACGUUUGGUGUUCCCUGGUGGACUGGCCUUACGUAUUGGACAAUCAAAAGGAAGAGACGGUCACAGUGGCUCUUCCCAAAGCAGCCCCAGGAAUGCGUCCUGCUCGGUAGAGGCCCCCACAGUCCCCUUGAACCCCUCCACCCACAGGGGAGAACAAAGGAAGGCCCUGCAGUGUUGUUGUUGGUGGUGAUCUGGACCUGUAUCUUGGAGUCGUGCUUGCAAGUGCCUUGCAACACCAAAUUCAUCGCAGCAGGAGUGAUUAUUGCCAUCUUGGAAACGCACUGCACCAUGAAGACUAUGCAGUUUUGUUUCAUGAUGAGCGUGUUAUCUGUGGUGUUAUCACUAGUGGCGAUGAUAAUCUACUCUGUGGACUUGAACAAUGACAUGUCCUGUGGAAUGGAACGGAAUACCAGCUGUGGGACGAACAAAUAUACGAGGCUGAGCAGGUGUUUAAAGGCUUCCCUCCUCAUCUUCACUCUGGCACAGACCGUGGUCUCAGCUGUCGUCUGCUUUCUGCUCGUCAGACUCCGACACUACUUUCAACAAUACAGUUCCAUCAGCCAAGCUGCUGAGCCCAUCACACCCUGAAAUAAUCCACCUCUAGAUAAAAGAUGGAGAUGGAAUUCCGGCCAUGCUCUGGUCUUGUUUAUCUAUGAUGUAACCACUGAGCGACAGACUUGUUGAGCCUCAUAAGGCAAAAGAAUCAAACCUUAAAUUGCUGAUCAGCAGAGCAGUGAUACUCUUACAUUAUGAUUGUUAAAGUCCAUCUAGGGACAAUGCUGCAAAUUAGCUGUAGCUAAAAGCAUUUAGCUACAAACAUGGGGCUGCGGGUUUACUGCUUGUCUAUGUGCUUGUAUCUGUCCCUAUUGAAAUAAACAAAAGGAAAUGAAACAAAGACGGGAACAUUAUCAGAGGAGUCAUUACUCAGCUAGAAGUAGAAAUACUUGGGUUGAAAAAGACGCAGUAGAAGUAUUCAUUCAAGUGUUUUACUCAAGUUAAAAAAGGUAGAAAUUUACUUAAAAUGUAUAUAUAUAUAUAUAUAUAUAUAUAUAUAUAUAUAUAUAUAUAUAUAUAUAUAUAUAUAUAUAUAUACACACACACACACACAUUCUCAUUUUCAUCCUGUUUUCUGUUGUAAUUUGAUCUUGUUUAGGAAAAAAAACUGGUCGGGAUUCAAACUUGCAAGCUUGUUGCUGAAAGGUCACAGUACUACCAACUGGACAACAUUCUAUAUUUCCUAUAGUGCUAUACAUGUCUGAUGCCCUCUGCUGGAGGAUCUUCAAGUAGCACAUAACCUACAUCUAAUCAAAACAACCAUUCCAACACAAUAGGGCCCAACAUCAACGCACUUCAGGGGGUACGGAGGGGUAUUCAUAAGGAGUUUCUACUUGUUUAGCAACAACAGACUGCUACAGUUUAUAGACCCUUUUACUGUUUGUAAACAAUAUGACGUCAGCGAGAAUGCGCGUGCAGCUUGGCAACAGAGAAUGGCGUUGUGUCAGGCUUUAUCAAGCUACGCUGCGGGGUUAUCACCGGCAAAUCUUGAAUGUUAUAUUAUUAAACUCACUUUAACGAAUGGCAACAGACUCCCGGAUCCCUGUGGCAUUACGGAAUGAGUGGAAGAUGUAGGUGCGUGGCCGGAUAUCCAGUGGCCCGAUACAUAUACGUUUUUAGUGGAGAGGCCCAGUAAGUACACACGUGAGAAGCUACGGGCGUACAAAUCGUUAGAUGCAUACAACUAUGUUGUCUGUGGCCACGUACAGAAAGUAAAACAUCACGACAUAGACUCUGAGUUUUGCUUCUUGAAGGCAGAAGUCCUUCCUAGCCAAAGACAAGGACACAAGACUGCUGUGUACGAGGCUUGGGUCAUAGUAAACAAACCAGAGAACUACGUACCUGCAUGGCAGGGUGAGUAUAGCAUAGGUUUCUUUUUUUAGCGUGCUCAGAGUACAAUCGUGUUAAUUUUAGAGAAAUACAGUUUAUACUAAAAUGCAGUGGGAAAAUACAGAUGAAUUAGAAUGAAAUGUUAAUGUGAAGCAUGAAAUAAAGUGUAUAAAUUUAUAUGUAACCUUAGUACAUAAUUACCUUACCUGAUAUAAAAUGGGCGCUACAAACUCGAGCAUUUCGGAUCGUGUUUUACGUCCAGUGUUCAUCAACCCUUUUGAUGGCCUGCAGCCACAGACGCCUCCGAUUGUGUUGAAAUGGAUUUGCUCCCUUCGGAAUUCUGUAAAGUUUCAGUCCACAGCUUGAAGAGAGGCGAUUCUGGCAUCCAUACACGCAACAACCCGACAUUUUUAUGUGCUCAGAACUUCAAAACAAAGGGUUUAAAACGCUGUUUUAGUAUCGAGUGUGAAUGAGGAAGCCUUCACUCUCGUUGCCAGGCUGCGCGCGCAACUUUUGAUGACGUUGGUAGUAAAAGGGUCUAUAGGGGGCCUAAGUCUCCUCCCUCUCCAGUCAACUCGGGUCCCUGAAUGGGCUAAAAGCACAUUUCUAACCUGCUUUGCCUCAGGCCCUGGAUCACACAGAUGCCAUUAAAUUUAAAUGAAAAGUAAUGCCGGGGGUUUGAGCACAACCACAUAAGCUCCUCCCCCCUAGCGUAGCUGCUACUUACCACAUGACCAGAUUUAUGGUGGUUCUUUCCUCCUGUGGGAAGUUUGCUGAACUUACAGCCCUUUCCCCUCAGUUUCCUCCAUGUCUGGUUUGAUGAUGUCACUUUCAUGAAGCGCAUUUGUAGUUCUGGACUUAUUUUUACACAAAACCUGAAGUAGCGUUACCCCUUUGGAAAAUAAGCGCGUUCUUGGUAUCAAAAUGUGUCUUUAAAAGUCACGGACAUAUGUGAACUCCAUGGAACAAAACAAGUGGAAUUAGAAAAUAGCGUUUUUAGCCCCGCUGACUUGCAUAAUUUUUCGUUCUUCUGGUGACCCGUGGUCCGGAAGUAGGUGGGCGUGGCUUAGGCUCCCUAUGAGCCCUCCCGUAUUUCUAGGGUGAAAAGGGAAACCACAGAAGUCCAGCGGCCAUCACUGAUUCUUUUUGGAUUGAAAAACUUUUCUACCUGGAGUUACUUUUAGUCAGAGGAAUGGUUGAAAUGAACAAAUGUGGAUGCUUUCUGCUCUAUAAUUCAACAUGUUGGUUGAUCUGACAUUAACUCCAUAUUGUUGUACUAACCCACAUUCUCCUGUUGCACUGAAACUGUAUCAUCAAUUAUACGAAAUAAAGAAACUGACUAAAUGACA